AUGGCAAAGCUCAUGAGAAUACUAACCUUAAUAGUACCGAGCCUCGCAACUGCCGUACGUCACUCCACCGGCACCGGGGAGACGAAGCGCGAGAGCGACGAUUUCGAGGAAGACGAGCGUUUAAGAGGCGUCGUAAGUUACUGCGAGAUGCUGCUGACAACGACAUGCGACCAACAGGAUGAUCAGAAAAGUCCUCGUCCUUGCAUCCUCUCGGAUGUCGACUUCUGCUGCAUCCAGUUGGCGGCGCUACAAGAAAAGGACCGCUGCACUGCGAUGAAGGUGGUGGCGGAACGGGGACGGGGAGGCGACGGCGACGUCGACGUCGAGAAACUGCUUAAGAUGGCGAGAGAGAUGCCUGACGUCUGCAACUUGCCUCCAUACCGGUGCCCUUGGUAG